AUGUCUGCUCUCUCAUGCCUCAGCUCAUUAGGUCCCCCAGCUCGCCGAGCCUGCGAGAUCCCCCCAAAGAGACGCUCGAGCUCUCUUCUCGGUCUCCAAUGCCCCGUUCGAGACCUCUCUAUCAUGCAUCAGUCCGAAAAACUCUCUUCCCGUCCCCGUCCUUCCGUCGCGUCAAUAGCAGACAUUUUUGUCGGCUCCUUGGUCCUUGCCGGUUUCUGUCAUGACCACUCUCCACGAGGCCGAAGUAUAUCUACCAUAUCCUUGAGACCGCCCGAGACUCAUUUGCGAAGAUUGCGUGGCAAAAAUUUGGCAGGUUGUGGGCAAAUGCCUGCUGGAAGGCGCGUGGAAUAUUCGCGAACGUCGGUGCAGGCAUCGCGAUCUCGGUUAUGGCUCAGCACAGGCUUGGCGCAGAAGCCUGUGGAUGAUUCUCAUGAGCACAAUCGCGCGAAACUGCCCACGAGGAUGAGGCUUGGAGACUACGAGGACAGUUCACUGUCCGAUCCAGGGGAGGAUGCAUUAUAUGGACGUCUCGGAAAAGAGAAUCUCGUCCCCGUCACAAUAUCAAAACCGAAUCAACACAAACCACUUGAAAUGCAGGAAACACUUGAUAUGGAGAGUCUACGCAUCUCGCCUGAAGAAGAAAUAUCGAAUCUAUCACCAGACCAAGAACUCUCGCUUUCAUACGACGAAAAGGACCAUAUGGAGACGGCUCAUUUUUUGAAAAAGUCUCUGGGCAAGGAGCACAACUGGGAAGAGGCUGUAUACAUUGUGCUGCCAAAGCCGCAGGCGAAAGAAAGGAGCUUAUCAAGCGCGACAGGAUUGAAAGUCGAUCGGGAAAUACCUUCACCGGGAGUGGCGAAACUUCCCAAACACUGGCGAGGACAUCUUUUGCGCCGGUUUUCAAACCCCCCUAACCGGCGAUGGGGCGACGCCCGCCGCUAUUUGGCCUUGGUGGAUGACAUGAACAAAGCCGAUCUUCCCAUGUCGCUGUCUUUAUGGACUUCUGCGAUCUAUUUUGCUGCCCGGGGUAAUGGCAGCGGCUUGGUGCUGAGACGAGAUCUGGUUCGAGCGAUUGGUCUUUGGCAGAGGAUGGAGCACGUGGCCGGAGUUGAAGCGGACGGUGUGGUCUUCAGCAUCUUGAUCGAUUGUGCCAUCAAAUCUGGUCAGUAUACUGUUGCUGCUGGUCUGGAGGCGCACAUGAGAGAACGCGGCCUCGAGUUUGACCGCUAUGGUGCAGUCGCCAAGAUCUUCUCCUACGGGCUCCAGAAGAACGUUGAUGGCAUUACUGCAACAUUCGAGGAGUUUGUCAAGUCCGGACAGAUCGUCGACACGGUCGCCUUGAAUUGUGUCUGUGUAUCUUACCUGCGAGCCGGCGAUUUCAAUACCGCAGAGCAAAUCUACGCACGCAUGCUCGAGGCACAACGAGCGGCAAAAGGCCCUGAGCCUUCGGCCCCCGACUCUGAUGCGCAAAAAGACCCCGCUCUCUCGAGCCAGUUUUCCAUUUACCGUGGAAGCACGCGAAAGAUGGGUCGUCUCUUGAAGAAAUCACACGCCCUUAAGAACAAACUUCCAGCAUACCAUCGAGCGCUCCAGGACUCUGUGCCCAUGACACCAGAUACUCGAACUUUUUAUAUCUUCCUUCGGUACUUCUCUCGUCAUUCCGGCCAGCUCGAUAUGUUCAUGACUGUCCUCCGCGACAUGGAAAGUACCUAUACCGUUCCCCCUCGCCACAUCAUCUAUAUGCUGCUUUUCGAAGGAUUUGGCAUCCAUGGCAAACACAAGAAGUCCUGGUCCGCCGAACGGCUCCGAUUGAUCUGGAGUGCAUAUCUCCGGGCUCUGCGUGAUUCGAAAUCAAGACUCGACGAUCUCCAUGACGGCAACCGGUCCCCGGACAUGGUCUGGGAAAAUCCGUUGAGUUCUAUGAUCACUGAUCUUCAACCGAGUCUUCCAACCGAAGAUCCCAAUGGUCUCUACGUCCCCUUGCCGUCAUCUGGUGCAAAGAAAACCCCUGGCUUUAUGCAGGACGACGAUCCUGGUGGAUUCUUUGCAUCUGUGCAAUUGGACAAGACAGAUUCUUCACCGGAAGCUGUGAAUCCAGAGAACACCAAAAUGUUUAAUGCGGCCGAUGGAUUUCUUCCAAGCAACAAUGAAAACCCCCUCGAGAGGCCUCAAGAGCCACACGACACCAAUGGAUUCUUCUCAUCUCGCUGGCCAGAUGACUUAGAUCUUGCACCGGGCCCUGCUCCCUCCACGCCAAGUCUGAUUCAAAAGUCUCUUUCAACAAAGGAAGACGACGAGGAGACAAAGCUUACUGAUGAUCUCGAUGAGGUGAUCGCCGAAGGGGAAAACGAAUCAGCUUGGAUCGAUAGAUAUCUUUUCAUCGGACGCAGGAUGGUUAUUGCCAUUCUGCGGGCAUUUGGCACAACCUGCGGGCCUAGGGAGGUUUUGGAGGCUUGGCUUCAGCUUGAGAAGAUUUGGCGACCUCAUCAGCGCAUGGCCAACGAUGUGUAUGCUGUUAAGGAGGAGCUCGAUAAACAAUUGGCGAAACACUCGCCUCAUGUAAAAUAA